AUGAAUGAAAGCGAGGAGAUUAUACAGCUGAUAUUUAAACAGUAUAUUGAAUUAGUUCCUGAAAACAAUCGUACCUCGGAAGACUCGCCAUCAUGGAUUAAUUCGGUACCUGGUUUAGGCAGAAUAUUAAGUGGAGCAAAUGAAAACAGUUCCCAGUUUGAUAAGCUUUUAGAGGAGAGGAACCGUGCUACUUCAUUCAGCCAGUGGAGGGAUAUCUCCUUUAAAUUGGAUGAGCUAUCAGGCAAUAACGCUUGGAAGUCCGACCCAAAAUCUGACAUGUAUGACUAUGAAUUAAUUUUCAAUAACAUGAAUGAAAUGAAGAAUGCCAGGUUAUCACAUGACUACAAAUUACUAUUAUACCUUAUCCGUACCAAGUGGACGAGAAAUAUUGGUAAUAUGGGGAAUAGCCAUUUGUAUAGACAUUCUUACGUGGGUACCAAAACAUUGAUUGAAGAGUAUAUUAACGAGUGUAAAACUUGCUUGGAUUAUUUGCUUAACAGUAAAGAUGUUGAUUUAGAUGACAGAUAUUUAUUAGGGAUGUUGAUUCAAACUAGAAAGAACAUCGGAAGAACAGCGUUGGUUCUUUCUGGAGGAAGUACCUUUGGUGUGUUUCAUAUUGGUGUGUUGGCAACAUUGUUUGAAGCAAAUAUACUACCUAGAAUAAUAAGUGGGUCAUCAGCAGGUUCUAUUAUGGCUAGUAUUUUAUGUGCCCAUACCCAGGAAGAAACAAUAGAUUUAUUGAGUUCCAUCACUGACUAUGAAUUUAAUAUUUUUGAUAUUGCUGAUUCAGGAGAGAUUUCUGAUCUUCCUGUUUUGAAAAGGGUGCUACAUUAUUUAGGUCAUUUGAUUAAAUACGGGACCGUUUUUGAUAUUGAAGGUUUGAAACAAACCGUUAUUUCGUUCCUCGGUGAUUUAACGUUUAGAGAAGCAUAUAAUAGAACUGGUAAGAUUUUGAAUAUCACGGUAUCAGCAGCUUCAGUGCACGAGCAAACAAGAUUGCUCAACUACUUAACUGCUCCUAAUUGUUUAAUUUGGUCUGCUGUUUGUGCUAGUUGUUCCUUACCAGGGAUAUUUCCUUCCGUAAAUGUUUAUGAAAAGAAUACAAAGACCAAUGAAAUUCAAGAAUGGAAUUACGAUUCUUCAAUGAAGUAUUAUGAUGGGUCAGUUGAAAAUGAUUUGCCAAUUACAAGGCUUUCAGAAAUGUUCAAUGUUGAUCACAUCAUCGCAGUUCAAGUCAAUCCGCAUGUUGUUCCAGUUAUGAAGAGCUCACUAUGGGAAGUAGGUAGUGGUGUCCGUAAAGAAUUACAUCAGGCAAGAACAAAAUUCAAAAACAUCUUUAAUAGUAUUUGUGAAUUUGCUGGUUGUGAAAUUGUUCACUAUCUUCAAGUGUUGAGUGAAUUAGAUAUAUGCAAGGAUUUGUCGAACAAGAUUGUUUCUAUUCUUUCCCAAGACUACUCGGGGAAUAUUAAUAUUAUUCAUCACUAUAAGCCUGCUGAUCUCAUCAAAAUUUUAACUAAUCCCGAUGCCAAGUUUUUAUUAGAGUAUUUCUGUCGUGGAGCUAGAGCUACAUGGCCCAAAGUACCUAUUAUUAGUAACAAUUGUGGUGUUGAAUUUGCCUUGGAUAAGUCGAUCUCAAUGUUACGUGGUAGAUUAAUCACUUCCGCGAAUAAUAGAAUCACAUAUAAUAUCCCUAAUAAUGAGGUUAAAAAGAGUAGACUGUUUCAUAGAGGAUUACCCAAGGCAAAUGUUAUUUUACCUACUUCAGAUUCUGUUGAAAUUAAGAUAACACCAGAAAGACUGAAACAUGCAAACCGUCCUGCUGCUCUUCAUAGAUUUAGUUCAGCUUCAGGAAACUUGAAUGCUUCAAGGAAACUCACCAUGCGAACCAGACGUAAUAAUUCCAUUAGUGGAGGAAGUUCGAAUUCACCAACAACUCCAACGACACCUAAUACUCCCAAGAAAAAGAUUACUCGGGGUAUUUCAAGUUAUACAUUAUUACAAUUGACAUCAGAUUCCAGCAAUUUGCUUCUUGGCGAUUCUGAAACGGGAGAAGCUACUAUCAAUAUCCGGAGAAGUGGAAGCACGGGGAGUUUCAGGUUUCCAAUUGAUGCUGUUUCAGCUACUGUUCCUGGGAAUGAUAAAUCUCUCAAGUUUAAAUCAGCAAGAAUCCCGUUCUUAAAGAACAAUCCCUAUUUUGACUUUGGUGGAGGUGAUGAACUAUUGGGGCUUUCUGAAAAACGUGAAGAGCAAAAGGAGAAAAUCAACUUGCCUUCAGUUUCAAGAUCAAACUCCAAGCACAAUUCUUAUAUUGGGUUAAACAGACUCAAAGGCAAUGAUUUAUCUCGGUCUAGCGACCCUUCAAAUAAUACUUUGAACAGUGCUAGUAUUCAGGAUAUUGCCAAGUUAAUGGAGGGACCAAGAAGUGCUCUUAAAAAUUGCACCAAGAGUCAUUCCAGCUUGGAUCUGAUGGAUAGUACCGAUGAUGAAUUGUACAAGUUAGAAUCCACUCCCAGCAUUCGUGUUGUUGAUUGUAAGUUAGAUGAUGACAAUGAAACUACAUUGGCACACGAUGAAGAGGUGUACUUUGGAGAUGAAAAUGAGGAAACAGAAGGUGAAUCAAACUCUAUUAAGGAAUGCCAAGGGAAUGGUAAGAAUGAGGAGAGUAGAUACAAUACAGAGGAUGGGUGUCUUAUUAGUGAACCUGCAUUGAGAAAAAGUACUCUGUUCCAAGGCUAA